GCAACUGUGGUUAUAGAAACAAUGUUGAUUUUAUUUGUUAUGCAUUAUUAAAUAACAAAAUAAUUAGUGCUUAGUAUGCUUCUUUCUUAUUGAUUUCGGUUUUAUACAAUACCUAAGUUUUUUUGUGUUUUUAAAUAUGUUAAAUUUAUUUAAAAGGAAGGUUAUCCCAGCAGCAGAAGUUAUUCGUACAGCAAUGACAUCUGAAAGUAUGGAUGAUAUUAAACUGGAAAACAUACAAUUAUUAUUACCAUUAGCACGAUCAUUAUCUACAAACGGUGGGCAUGAAGAGCGUGUUGAAACUGAUAGAGGUAGCCUACUUGUUGCCGUACAAGGUAAUCGAUCGAAACCAGCGAUUUUAACAUAUCAUGACCUUGGACUGAAUUAUAUAUCAAGUUUUCAAGCUUUUUUUAACUACAUUGAAAUGCGUGGUUUACUUGAAAAUUUUUGUGUUUAUCAUGUUAAUGCACCGGGACAAGAAGAAGAUUCCGCGACAUUCCCUGAAGAUUAUAUUUAUCCAACAAUGGAUGAGUUAGCACAACAAUUAAAUUUUGUUCUAUCUCAUUUUGGAUUGAAAUCAGUUAUUGGAUUUGGGGUUGGUCUUGGUGCGAAUAUUUUAGCUAGAUUUGCUCUUGCAGAACCAUCAAAAGUUGCUGCAUUAUGUUUAAUAAAUUGUGUUAGUACUCAAGCUGGUUGGAUUGAAUGGGGUUACCAAAAAUUAAAUGCUAGACAUUUGAGAUCUAAAGGCAUGACUCAGGGUGUUCUAGAUUAUUUAAUGUGGCACCAUUUUGGUCGUGACACUGAAGAACGUAACCACGACUUAGUUCAAGUAUACAAAAACUAUUUUGAGCGUCAUGUUAAUCCAACGAAUUUGGCAUUAUUAAUUGAUAGUUACAUUAAACGCACUGAUUUAAAUAUUGCACGCGAUUGUGAUAAUGGUCGUACCUUACACAUGGCUACGCUGAAUAUAACCGGUGCACUCAGUCCACACGUAGAUGAAACUGUAACGCUGAAUGGACGCUUAGAUCCAACGAAAUGUUCAUGGAUGAAAAUAUCUGAAUGUGGUAUGGUGUUAGAAGAACAACCGGGUAAAGUUAGUGAAGCAUUUCGAUUAUUUUUACAAGGCGAAGGCUAUUCUGUUAAACGUACACCAGAUUCUGAAUAAAUGUCUGUAAAUUAAGUAAAAGCCUACGUCAUAUGAUCAAUGUGAUUUGACGCGCUCUGUUGUUCUGCACUGCUCGAUGGGAUUUUAAACAAUAAUUGUACUAUUUGACGCAGUAAUGUCGUAGUGGCAAACAUAAUUAUUAAUUUUUGUAAUAUUUUUUAAUUGUUAAAUAAUUUGUUAAUGGUGCAAAUAUGGAGUCCGAUUAGUAGUGUUUGUUAAACCUAAACGAAAAUCCUCUCAAUUUUCAUCUUGACCACAACAUCUUUUGAAGAUUGAUAAGAUCAUAAAAAUUGGACAUUUUAAGGACUUUUAAAAACAAUUGUUUUUUAUGUUUUUUUGACACAGAAGUUAAAUAUUUGUGAUAUUCAAAAAUUUUAAAAAAUUAUUUUAACCUGAUAGCUGUUUUCUCCUGAUAUAAAUAAACGGUGCUAAUAAACGAUAUUUACUUUCUAACAAGCACUUGCAAAGCUUCUAAACAAAUCAAUAGAAAACAAUAAACCAACAGCUAUCUAAAGAAAACAAAAUGAAAGUAAUUCUAUAUUUUUGUAGUGUUAAAUCGUGAAAAAAAUAUUUUAAAAAAUAAAGCAACGAUAAUUUUACGCCUAUUGUGAUAACAAAUUUCCUCACCGAAAAAAAGAUAUUUUUAAAAAUGUUACAAUAUAUACAUAUCUCUGUUAUCUCUGUCAUUUUAACAAAUUUUUAUUUGAAAAAAAAAAAUCAUUUCUAACGAACUUCAUAUUUCAUUACGUGCAAAACAAUGUAUGAACUUAAAACUAAGUUCAUUGUAUAAAACAGCGUUUCUCUAUCAUUGGAUAACGUUCAUCAUCGAAAGAAAAAAUAACGGAAAAUGAUUUGAAAAAGAUAAAAAUUUCGGAAAUGUUGCGUUGUGCGUUAAAAAGGUUGAGGAACGCUGAUAUUAAAAUAUGAAUAAUAUAUUCAUUUGUUCACUUUUUUCACACUGCUAUAUUAUUGUGGGGUACAUUUCUGUUUUCUCUAAUAAAACAUUGUGUUCAUUUUGUCGAAACAAAUUUCAUCCUCCACUGGAACCCCCCUUCACCACACAUUUUUGUAUAUAUCAAGAACAUGGCGUAUAGCAAUGAGUAAAAUUUUAUUGCUAUUCCACUAAAAAAAAAAUGAGAAAGCAGACAACCAAUAUUUGUAAAUUAAUUUUUAUAUUUCACACAAAACGAAUUUUAUAUAAAAAUAUUUAUUGAACCAAACGAUGAUGGCUUAGUUCUCACAAAUUUUUUUGUAAUUUAUUUUUCCAAUUCUUUACUAAACUCAAUCGACAAAGGUUUAUUUUGAAAAAAAAAAAAUGUUAUCGCGUGUUCAUUAUCAAAGCUGUAUAAAAAAUAUUUGGAAUUUUAUUUUUCAUAUUUGAUUUUUUAACAACUACAGUGCGAUAUAACAUCAAAUCGUAUAAAGAUAUGUUUCCAA